AUGCGGGCGUACAUCAAUCGUGUUGAGGAACUUGGCGAACGAAUGGUGGAGCUCGAAGCGAAUGUGGACGAGAAAGAUUGGAUCAUGACCGUUCUCGGGGGGCUCGGAGAGGAAUGGUCAGCCGUCAUCACCACCCUUGAAGGCACGCAAGCGAUGUGGACCAAGGAGGAGGUGACGACGCGCCUCAUCAACGAGGAGAUGCGGCGGAACAUCUUGCAAGGCGACGCAACGAGUUCGUCUCACUUCACUCGUGGCGCGAAGAAGGGUGUCCGCGUGGUCUUCAGGAUUCAAGACUCGCUUGAGGUGAAUGGACGCGGAACGUUGCGCCUGGCGGUGGACGGCGGUCCAAUGACGAUCAACAACGUGUUGGUUGUCCCGGGACUCGGGGCCAACUUACUUUCCGUGUCGCAACUCACCACCAAGGGCGUGCACGUCAACAUCAAAGGCGCGGUCAUGACGUUGAUCACGUCUUCCGGGCGCUUCAUUGGUAAGGCGCAUCAAGACGGCGGUCUCUUCAAGCUCGUGGCUACACCGAACCUUGCGUCGGCGAACGCGGCGGUGGCGAAGCCUUCCUUGGAGAUUUGGUACAACCGCUAUGGGCACUUGAGUGUGUCAACCAUCCGCAACAUGGCAACCCAAGGCGUGGUGCACAGGAUCGUCGCGGACUUGUCCACGAACGAGGAGGUGGAGAAAUGCUCGGCAUGUCUUGAAGGGAAGAUGGCAAGGAAGCCAUUUCCAACUUGCGCGAAGCCGCUCGCCUCCAACCCGCUCGAUCUUGUCCACACUGACUUGUGUGGACCUAUCACCCCUACCUCCAAAGGGGGAGCACGCUACAUUCUCACCUUCCUCGACGACGCUACACGAAUGCCCUUGCCGAACGUGACUCCCCUUGAGGCUUGGAGCGGCGAGAAACCGGACGUCUCCAACCUUCGCACGUUUGGGUGUAUUUGCUACUAUCACGUCACCGAUGCUACACGCACCAAGCUCGAGGCCAAGGCGCGUGUGGGGAUGUACUUGAGCCAUAGCCUUGAUCACAAGGGAUGGCGGGUGUGGGAUUUGGAGAGUGGAAAGGUGGUGGUGUCGCGUGACGUCUCGUUCUUCGAAAACCGCUUCCCAACUCCACCAAAUGAGAAGCAUUCGAUCGUGGUCAUCCCUCCAACGGUUGAGGACACGAACGAGUCACCUCCUCAAGACGUUCCCGCGGAGAGGAGUGUUCAAGAUGAGGAGGGAGAUGUUGUUGAAGUGGUUGGAGAGGAGAGUGAGAAGGAUGGUGGUCCUUCUACCGCCGUUGCUCCAACACUUGCAUCUACUCGCACUCGAUGA